AUGGAAAAUUACAAUAAAGAAGUCAAUGAAAUAUUAACCAUUAUAUUAUAUUUUGAUAAUAAGAAAAUAAAAAAAUAUACAAUUAAAGAUGGUUUUGAAAAUAUUAAUGCUUAUAAUUUAAAUUGUUUCCAUGCAUCUGAUAUGAUUGAUGAUUUUAAAGAAUUUAUUAUUUUAACUGAAUCUAAAUAUAAUUAUGAUGAAACUGUUGACGAUAUCUUAGAUUAUUAUCAACGUCUUACAUUUCCUAUAACUGUUAACACAACAUAUAAAAAAAUAGAUUUAAAAAGUUUUAAGAAACAUGAAUAUACCGAGAAUAGUUAUCAACUACGUAUAUAUUCAAAGUCAGAUUGGCAAUUUAUUCUCACAUUUGAAGUAGAUAAAUUUAUUUCACUUGUAAAAAGUGACAUUGCAUCUCUUCUUAAUAUAAUAGAUAAAUUUAAACCAAUUAAUAUGAUAUUUGAAUUUCCUACUGAUAGUUUAUCAUUAAUUCAUAUAGCAAAAUUUAACUUUAACGAUUAUAAUGAUGAUGAUUUUUAUGAUGAACUUGAACAACUUUAUAAAAAUAUUAUACUAAUUUUUUCAACAAUUUAUUCCCAAAAUUUGUCAUGUCCUAAAUUUAGAAAUAGUAUUCUUAAAAUAUUAGAAUUUUUGAAACAUUAUACAGGGAUAUUAACUUUUGAAAUGGAAACUCGUGGAUAUCGCAUAUAUUACUACAUGGAAGAGUAUUUUAAAAUAAAAUUGCAAAAGAAUGUUAAUAAAAAUAAUAAUAACAUAAUAUUUAAUACUGUUAUUUUAUAUGAAAAAGAAAUUAAAAAACUUGAACCAGAAGUUUCUCAAUAUAUAGUUAAUUUAAAUUUGUAA